AUGGAGGGUCGACCAGAGCCGUUCCACUAUCAUCGGCAGCCGCUCAGAUCGGCCCACAUCGUUUGCUACGCGCUGUCCACGCUCUGCGUGCGCCUCUCGUACUGGAUCGUCGCUGCGGCGAUACCCGGUCUGUAUCCUCGGCGGGCAUCGCCAAUGAGCGGGCCCUGUAUGCGCGCGGGCAUCGCGCCCUUCUUCGUGGUGGGCUUCCCGUACGAGCAGGAGGCGGAGGACGUGGUGCCCGCGCCGGAAGACGAGGCCAAGGGGUUCGUGUCGCUCUCGCCGGUCGAGGACAGGUUCGUGGUCGGCGAGGUGAAGGAGAUCGCGGAGCUGAACGGCGUGGAGCCGAGGCGGACGUAUGGCUAUUGGUACAAGGCCGCGAACGUACUUGGGAGGGGUGACCACCCGGCGAAGGACGACGAGGUCGUCUACCUGCAGUUCCAUGGCGACGGAUACAGCAUGGAGACACCGCAGCCGAGCGGGUACGCCGCCCCGUCCGUAUGCAGCGGCCUCUUCAGACACGCCCCGCGCACCUCGCGCGUCCUCGCCCCCGCCUACCGAUACGUCGCCUCACUCCCCUUCCCGCCCAAGAACCCCUUCCCCGCCGCGCUCCUCGACGCGCUCGCCGCGUACCACCACCUCCACAACGCCGGCUUCCGCGCUGAGAAAGUCGUCCUCAGCGGCGAUUCCGCCGGCGGGCACCUCGCCAUCGCGCUCGUCCACUACCUCGCCACGGGCAAGCUCCCGGAGCUCCCUGCGUCCGGCGCCCUGCUGCUCGUCUCGCCUACGUCGAACUUCUGCAUCCCGUUCUUCACGUCGGAGUCUCAGUACAUCGCGAGGGGCCUUGCAGGUAGGCUCCCUGCGGAUGCUGGACGUACAAAUGCGUGGAUCUCGCCGGCGUCGCGCGGGCUGCCCCAGACGAAGGGCUUGUUUGCGGAGUUCCGUAGGACGCUGAUGGUCCUGGGCGAAGCGGAGACACAGAGAGACGGGAUGUGGACGUUCCGGGAUAGGCUGAUCGGAGACGUUGGGCAGGAGAAGGUCACGUACAGAGAGUUGUUGGGUGUGUCGCACGACGUGAUCUCGAUACCGUGGGCUGACGAUGACAAGGACAGCGCGUUCAGGAUGGUAGGGGAAUGGCUACCGAGUCUGUAGCUCAGCUUUGCACGCGUGCCAUGACGGGUACGUUGAAGGUUGCUGAUCUGACACAGCGAAGUGCAGCACCAGAUUGUCGCAACUAGCCUAAUUGUAGUAUUUCAGUGGACAGACCAUAAGGACAGGCCUCGGACGCUGAACCAGACGAGUUUGGGAUAGAUGAAAUGGCCAGUGUGGACGAAUCUGUUGCAAACGCGACAGGACGGACCGAGGACGAACGCGCAGAGAAG